AUGGAGCGCGCGUGCUCGCGGACGGCGUGGUGCGCGGCGCUGGCGGUGGCCCUGCUGUCGGCGCUGGCGGGCGCCGGCCCGCGCUACAGCUCACGCAUCGUGCACACCGCCGCAGGGGCUAUCCGCGGCAUCAUCGUGGAGCCGGCGUCGCGGCGGCUGGAGCCGGUGGAGGUAUUCCGCGGUGUACCGUACGCUGCGCCGCCCGCUCGUCUGGCCGCGCCCGCGCCCGCGCCGCGCUGGCCCGGCACGCGCCUCGCAGACGCCUUCGCCCCCGUCUGCCCGCAGCGCUACCCGGACAUAUCCAACAAGACGGCGGCGCUGAUGCGAAUGCCGCUGGCGGAGUACAUCGAGCUGCGGGCCACGGCUCCGUUGCUAGCCAACCAGAGCGAGGAUUGCCUCUAUCUCAACAUCUUCGUGCCCGGUAGCGGCGCGCGCGGCGAGGAGGCGCCAUAUGCCGUGCUGGUGUGGGCGGGCGCGGCGCGAGCUUGGGGUUCCGGAAAUGCGGUCGACGGCGCAGUACUGGCCGCGCGCGCUCAUCUCCUCGUCGUCACACUCAACUAUAGGAUAGGAUUAUUAGGUUACUUGACGAGCGGUGGUGAAGACGCGGCCAGCGUGGCGGGCGGCGCCGGCGUACUGGACGCCGCGGCGGCGCUGCGCUGGGUGCGAGACAACAUCGCGCCCUUCGGCGGUGACCCACGUCGCGUCACGUUGGCGGGCCACGGUGCCGCCGCCGUGCUCGUCAACACGCUGCUCAUGCUGCCCCAGGCCAAGGGGCUGGUGUCGCGCGCACUUCUGCUGAGCGGGUCAGCACUGGCGCCGGGUGCGCUGGCGCCCGACGCCGGGCUGGCUCGCGAGCACGUCGCGCAGGCGCUGCGGUGCCCCCGGGAUGCCGACGCCGCCACCGACCAGCACUGGCUUACGGCGUGCGUGCGCGCGCGUCCGCUGGCGGCGCUGCUGGCGGUGGAGGCGCCGCGCGCGCGCUUCUUGGCAGGUUGGGCGCCGGGUGUGCCACGGGCGCCGCACGGUCGCCGCACGCCCGCCGCGCGCGCGCUGCACGCCAGCGACGCCUUCCUAGAGUGCGCUCUCGCCGUCGUCGUCGCCACCACCGAGAGCUACCAGUACUUCAACGAAGACGACAUCCGCCACGGCUUCGAGGAGGAGCACAGGAACCGCGUGCUGCGAACGUACGUGCGCAAUGUGUACCGCUACCACCGCAACGAGAUCUUCGCCGCGAUCCGCAACGAGUACACGGACUGGGAGCGGCCCAUACAGCAUCCCAUCAAUAUCCGCGACGCGACGUUGGAGGCGCUGUCUGACGGCGCCGGCGCCGCGCCCGCGCUCCGCCUGGCACAGCUGCACGCGCGCCGCGGCGCCACCACCUACUUCGCUCACUUCACGCACCAGACAAGGGACGCCGACUACCCACAGCGGUUGGGAAGCGUGUCAGGAGAAACAUUGCCGUACUUUUUGGGGCUCCCUCUGGUGGGGGGGAUGCCGUUUUACCCACGGAAUUACUCGCGCGGCGACGUGGCCGUGGCCGAGGCGGCCGUCGCGCUGCUGGCGGCCUUCGCCAAGACCGGGCACCCUGCGCCCCCCGCGCCCGGCGCGCCCCCCGGCCCAGAGGCCCUCCACGCGGUAACGUGGCCGCGCUACGAGCUCAAUACGCAGCAGUACCUCAGCAUAGGCAGCAAGUUGCGAGUGAAGAGCCACUACCGCGGUCACAAGAUGGCGCUGUGGCUGCAUCUCAUCCCGCAGCUGCACCGGCCGGGCGCCGCGCCGCGACAUCACCAGUUCCGCGCCGCGCACCCCGACAUGUUCGCCGGAGACAUCUUCCCGGAACUGUACACGACGACGACCGCGCUCGACGACGACGAGGAGGAGGAGGGGGAGGAGACCUCCGUCGGAUUGGAGGGGUCGGAGGGAGCCGAGUGCUCGCCUCCGCCCCCGCCCCCCGCACUCUCCCCCGCGCGGCCCGCGCUCGCCGCCGGCCCCGAGUCGCCCGCGCCGCCCCGUGACGACAGUCUCACCAACGUCGACACCCAGUACUACAGCUACACGGUGGCGCUGGCGGCGACGGUGGGCGCGGGCUGCUUCCUGCUGGCGCUCAACGUGCUCGUGUUCGCCGGCAUCUACCUGCAGCGCGGCCGCGACCGCCGCAGCGCCGCCGCCCGCCGCCGGGCACGCGCGGGGGGCGCGGGGGGCGCGGGGGGCGCGGCGGGCACAGCUCGGCCGGGCGCGGUGCAGCUGCCAGCUCUCGUGUCCCCGCGCAGAAGCACGCUCAAGCGCAGCAGAGAGGCGGAGCUCGCGGAGAGGCCGGCGGGGCUCGCGCCGACAAAGAAGCGCGUGCAAAUACAGGAGAUCUCAGUGUAGACAACUUUUGAGUGUAGUGAGUGACACAGGUGGCUAGUGUCAGUGCAGAGCGGUCAGUGUCAGUGCAGAGCGGUCAGUGUCAGUGCAGAGCGGUCAGUGUCAGU